GCUUAACAGGCGAGAAAGUAGCUAAAAAAAUGCGUCUGAAUAAAAAUUUCAACCCAAAACUUCUCUUCGUGUUAUUCAUAGUAUUCGCUAUUAUUUUCUACGUACUCUACGCUUCGCAACAAAAUGGUCUUAGAAAAUUAUUCGGAAAAAUUAAUUCACUUGAAGACACUGAUGCACUAAUUGAUUCAUUGAGCGACAAUAAUUUGUCACUAGACAAUAUGAUAAUGGAAUAUUCAGAAGACGAUAGUUCAAGUACAGUGGGCAAAAGCGAAGAGGAUGAUAUAUCAGAAAUUCCAUUUUUGGAACCUGUUAUAUUAAUGGAAAAUAACAUUAUUGAAGAUGAUACUGGUACAAAAGAGAAUGACAGUAUUAUAGUGCUACCACAAGAUAUAAUAGUACCUGAGCAGAUUAUUGCUGCAAUUGGGCAAGAUGUUCCUAUAGAUUUUGUAAAAGAAUUAGAAGGAGAAGACAAAAAAGUACAAUUUUUAAAUGUUGAUGAAGAUCAAGUUGAUGAAGAAGCAGGAAAAGAAAGUCUUGAUCCAGAAGACGAAAUAAAUGAAAACAGUAAACUUAUAGUUUCCGAAGAAAAACUACUACAGAAUGCAUUAAAACCACUAGUACUCGAAACUGAUAGUAAAACCAAACAAGAUCUUGAAGUUAAAAUCCCCGACAAACCAAAUGGUAUGGAUAAGGUUGAAGAAUUCAUGUUUGAGGAAGAAAAAAAACUGCGCAAGGAAUUUGAUGCUCUCCAGGCUGACUCAAGAAAAGAAUACAAAGACAAUCCUAUGUUCGUCUUGUUAGAUAGUAUUUUAACAAAUGCAGAGGAUAAAUUAUUAGCAGAUGUUCGAAAGGAUACCAAAGAUUUAUUGGGACAGAUUAAUACCCAUGAAGAUCCUGAGAUAAAUAAAUCUAAACGUAAAAUAAAAGAAUCUUCAAAAUCAAAAACGUCCGACUUGUUGGAAUUGGCAACAAUAAUUUAACAUUACAUUUUAAUGCCAUUAUAUUGUAAUAGAAUUAAACAAUAAAAGUUUCGAGAAAUAAAUAGAAUGUAACUAUGA